GACGUGCAGCCAGAAAGAAAGCGGGACCUGCCCUCCCGUCGCCAUUUUUCGGUCUCGUACUCGCACUUUUGGUGGCUCGUGUGAGUGGAGGCCAGUUAAACUCUAUCGUGAGAGCUUUGUAAAGUCGGUAAUCGAGCGGCGUGCGUAAUAAUGCGCACGGAGGUGUGGGGUUAAACGCCUGAGAUGCGCGCGUUGGAGACAAGUCCCUGCUCUGAAAUCAUUUUUUGUGUGAAGACGUGUUGCGGGCCGCCAUUUUUGCUGUGCUGCCUCAAAAGUCUGCUCUGACUCAAGGAAGAGGAUUGUACAUUGUGUUUCCAUGAAGAUUUCCUCACCAAAAGACGCAGCGAUACAAACUAACCACUUGAUUUCCUCUUCGCGGCUGCUGAGGAUCUGUUAGCGGCAUGCUUUGGUGAGCGCUAAAAGAAGGGGCUACUUUCCAUUCGCUUUACAGACUGGUGGAGUUAAACGAGUUUUUCUCGGAAGGCGGAAAAGGGGAAGCUUCAUUGAUCAGUUGUUGCCUUGGUCUACAUAUUACCAUCUUUUGCUGUUUUGUCUAGUUUCCUCUGAAACCUCCAGCCUGACAUUGACUGUUGCGUAAAAAGUGGCACACUAUGAUCCAAAGUUGGCCCAGGCUAGUUGCAGCCUGUUUCUGAAGCACCGGGCUGCUGCUGUUGGUAAAUUCUGAUAUCAACCAGGGUGUUUGGAGUUGGCAGCCGCUCCUGCGCCCAAUACGCAGGGAAAUAUCACAGGACUACGCAUGCCCUGCUCCGUGUUGACCAGUUUGAAACACCACGCGUUUUAAAUUAUUAUUCAGACUUUGCUCUCCUCUGGAUAUUACCAUACUUUCGCCAGAAAUGUCGCGGUUUGAUUCGUCGGAUCGACCCUCCUGGUAUUUUGGACCUGUGUCCAGACAAGAGGCACAGAAUAGACUACAGGGGCAGAAGCAUGGCAUGUUUCUAGUCCGAGACUCGUCUACGUGCCCCGGCGACUACGUGCUGUCAGUAUCUGAGAACUGUAAAGUGUCUCACUACAUUAUCAACUCCCUUUCCAGCAAAAGGUUUAAAAUAGGCGACCAAGAGUUUGAAAACCUCCCAGCUCUACUAGAAUUCUACAAAAUUCAUUUUCUGGACACGACCACAUUGAUAGAGCCAGCUCCAAGGUACCCAAGCACAGUAACAGGACCCAUCCAGUCUAUUGGUGGACCAGAGGAUAACCAGGAGUAUGUGCGGACUCUUUAUGACUUCACUGGUAGUGAUGCAGAGGACCUUCCCUUCAAAAGGGGUGAAAUUUUGGUCAUUCUGGAGAAGCCAGAGGAGCAAUGGUGGAGCGCAAAGAACAAAGAUGGCCGCGUUGGCAUGAUUCCUGUGCCCUAUGUAGAGAAAGUGGUACGACCUUCACCCCUGCCUGGCCAGCCUUCACAUGGCUCACGUAACUCCAACAGUUAUGGAAUCCCCGAGCCGUCCAAUGCCCUGGUCCAUGCGUACGCUCAGCCCCAGACGCCCUCUCCUCUGCCGGGCACACCUGGACCUGUCAUCACCCCACUCCCAUCCCUGCAGAACGGCCCUGUCAUGGCCAAGGCCAUCCAGAAACGAGUGCCCUGUGCCUAUGAUAAAACUGCACUUGCUUUAGAGGUGGGCGACAUCGUGAAGGUGACGCGGAUGAACAUCAACGGCCAAUGGGAGGGCGAGGUGAACGGGCGGAGGGGGCUCUUCCCUUUCACCCACGUCAAAAUCCUGGACCCACAGAACCCAGACGAGAGUGAUUGAGCACAAGCACACGUCCCGCCCGUGAAGCACCCGAUCCCCGCCGGCCCCCGCUCCACCUCGUCCCCCCCCACCGUCACCAUGGAUACGUGCUUGCCAUGCUAAGGGGCUGCUGUGCCAUGACCUUCCUCUUGUUGCCUGGCGUCGCGAGGCUUUCAGACUGUUUACAGCUUUGGGGCAUUGGAUCCAAACUCAUUUCUGGUCCCGCUCCUCUACUCCUCUCUUUCUGAGUUGUUUUCGAGUUUGUGUCCUGUUGAGUUCUCAUUCUCUGGGCAUACGAGUGACUGUAUAGUGUAAGUGCAUGUCUGCGUGUUCACUAUAGAUAUUUACAACUUCACAUUACAACUUGUCUUUUUUUUUUUUUUUUUUUUUUGAAUUUUUGUCUCAGCAUCUGUUUCAUAAAGACUUAAACGCCUGGCUACAUAUACAGAUAUUAUAAUAAAUGCAUGUUUUUCUAUCGGCCUUGGCUGUUUCUCCACAGAAUUCUGAAUGUUGGCAUUUUGAGGACUUUUUAAAUAAUUGUUAAUCGCUAUGGCAACUAUCCUUAUUUAUCAUAAUGCUGAAACCCAUGGGUAAAACUCCAGCACAGAUUGGAGCUUAAUGCAGUCAUUAUUGCAGUAGAAUCAUUUUAGGAGUAGGUUAAUUAACACGCAAAAUAAUUACAAUUACAUCUGUCUAAAUAGAUUAAUCACUUGCUGUUGAUACUAAAUGAAUAAUGAUGCAGCAGUGUUUGCGAUGUGACUAGAAUUCUAUGUUAUUUAUUGUUGCGUUUAGUAGUUAACCCACAAAGUGUGAACUGAAACGUGCGUCAAAAAUACCUGUAUGUGUAGCCGGGCUUUCAGAGAGCUAGUGUGGUAUAUGAAAUGGGGUAAAUAUGGAGCUAACUAGGCAGUCAAAUGCCGUUCACUGUGCGUCUCCACUCGGACAGAGAGAGUUUAUCAGCGUUUUUUAAUGUGUACGUGAGGUGUGACUGGCGUGAACACAUUGGUAACACUUGGCAAUAGCUACACUUUAAUUUGCUGUCAUAAAGCACGAAGAAAGACUAGGGCUGCGUUUUUUCCGACAAGCUUUCCGAUUGUGAUAAGCUUUGGGAUUUAUUUAUGUUUUGAUAAUGGGAUUCUGUUCAAAGUUCACAUUUUAAACAUGUCUCACACAAAGACUGAAAUAUGAAUGGACAAACUCCCGUAUUUUCCGAGCUAUUGGGCGCGUUCUCAAGCCUCCAACCCCAUGAAAAAACAACUGCGCCCCACAAUCCAGAGCGCCCUACACACAAAUCCACUCUGGUGUCCCAGCACGACUUCAGUAAACUGCAAACACGCACAGAGCAGACGGAGACCACGCAGCGAAACACACCCGCAGCCACACUCAUCACUCCACGCGGACGAGGAAUGGAACGGAGGAACGAACCGAAAAAAGCGAGUGCAAUGUGCCACUUCUAGACACAACUGAACAACUGUGAACACGCCAACAAUCCAGCGGUCCCAGACAGCACCCUCCCUACGCGCCACAAUUGACCAAAGCUGAGAGUCACCGUGAACGCCCCAAACAAAGUCCGACUGACCCAUCUAACUGUUGUGUUUCGUUUAAAGUCCGGUGCAGUUUAUUUGUGAAAAAAGUUCGAAAAUAAAUCAUUCUAUGACAGUGCACCUUAUAAUCCAGAGCACCUAAUAGUGCGGAAAAUACUGUAAUACAAGAAUCACAGUAUAGGGUUACUUUAAAAAUUGCAGCCAUUUUUGUUUGGUAACUGUGUCCAUUCAGAUUGUAAUGUUGAUUUGAUUUGACUUAAUUGGUAAUGAACACAUAGUUUAAUAAGAAUGAUUCAGGUUUAUAUCUUAACGCCUAACCUUAAAACCUUAAUUAAGUUGGGUACUCUAGCCCACUAAUGAAUCUAACCCAGUUACUAAGCCUCAAUCAUUCUUAAUAAACUAUUUGUCCAUGAUGAAGUAUUUCUUAAGGCUUUUUUUAAGGUGUAGUUAUUAUGAAGUGUUACCAACUUUCUUUUUGUUUGACCUCACAAUCCUCUUUUCCUACUUGAUUUGCCUGAUUACACUUUCAAAAAGCAACCACCGCCAUUUGUGAUUUUAACUUUCAUUUUAACUGUGCCACAUGAUCAAUUUGUGUAUUUUAUUUCUGAAACUGAAAAGCCUUAGCGGCCAUUUGCAUGUAUAUUGGGGUACCUCCAACAUACAAAUGGACAUUGCUUUGAGAUUAGCGGGUUUUAGUGCCAACAGAGCCAAGCACUAGCAGCAGAUACAUUUUAAUACGUUGAAUAGGAGUGCCAAGCUGGCAAAAAAACCUACAACGGCGCUCGCUUGCACUUCUCACAGAAUGCACAACGCAAGCUAAAAACGCAACGGGAUUCGUGAACCGGGUUGGACGAAAAAUAUCCAGUCAAUGCCUUUUUUUUUUUCCCCGAGAUGCAAUUUUUAGCGCAUGCAGUCCCCUGUUUUAAUUUCCUCAUUGUGAUGUAUGAUUGUGGUUGGUUUUAUUCCUUACACUUGUGGUUUCAAAGUGAACAAGUGGAAGAUUUCAGCUGCCUCUUAACCACUCGUUUUCGGAGAGAUAAAGGAGCUACUCGAUCCGUGCUACUUUUCAACCUCGUGAUCCAAUCCAGUCUCUCGUUUGGUGAUGAUGUGUUGUUUUGACCCGGACAGGGAGCAGUUGUCAGUUCCUUUUUGAGGUGACAUUUUGAAAAGGGAAAAUGCCUGCUGGGUGCCUAUGUGCAUGACCUCUUGGCUGGGGAGAUGGCUUCUUCUUGGCCAAAAUGCUGCUUUAUGUCAUUGUAUUCUAUGAAAUUAAUGUUUUUUUUUUCCUCAUGUAACACCUGUCAGUCUGUAAUAUGAACAGCAUCGGGUUCCUCAGUACAAGUCGACUAAUUAAGCAAUACAUUUCGUUGUUAUCUGGAGGUGAACUUGCUUUGUCAUGCUUCAAAGUUUGUUUUAUAAUGGCAUUAACAGUAUUACUGUGCUCUUGCUCAUUCUAGGAAAGCCUGUCUUUUACUUAAAGGGCCUAUAUUACGCAAAAUGGACUCCCGUGAGCUUUUAGCCAUGUUAGAAUGUUGUUACCAAAUCCAAAACAUACCUCGAGUUGUAUUUUGUUUCAUUCAUACAUUGUUUGGGUUGUCCUGCAUUAAUGGGCUGCCUACAUUUCCGAACCUCAAAAUGUUCUGUUCCACCUCGUCAUGUGGUAGUUUUAAAGUUAAUAGCUUUUUUUUUUUUUUUGCCUGAUUUGAACUGCUUUACUCUGCAAUACACUAUAAUCUUAAGUUGUUUUUGUUUUAACUUUUGUUCAGUCAGGACACACAGAAAGUCCAAGUUUCAGGGCUGCAGAUUUUCAAAUGAUUCUGUUGAAGGUGUAUGGAGUUUAAAAACACAGACCGCCGCUUGAUGACAUCACAAGGUGGAACAGUGUUUUUCAGUUUGAGUGGAGAACACAGCAGGAUUUGUGUGUUAAACAUGUGUGAAUGAAACAAAACACUACUCCAGUUAUGUUGUUGACGAGGAAACAAGAUUAUAACAUACAUCAUAAAUUAGCAUAAUAUAGGCCCAGAAUUGAAAAUCGUGCCUUUUAUUUUCUUAUACCAUUUAAACAUGUGUUAAUAUUUUCCAUGGUUAACACCUGUGCUGGUAUUGACCCUUUAUGUACAGAACAAGUAAAUAAAGUUUAUGUCUACUUCUUUA